CUUGCUGUGUUACGAAUAAGGAUGGCGGAGUUUUUGUCGCACCGCUCGACCGUCGUGUCGCUGAACAGUGGCAGCAUCAGGAAACCAGCCAUCCCCACUUUAACAUUUUACGCAAGGGGCAUUUCGAAUUUCCGUAUUCCAUCUCGUCAAUUUUCCAUUAUAUUGUACUGUUUACCCCAUGACAAGUAGUAUUACCGAACAGCUUCACUCGGAAGCCCAGCCCCUACUUCAACUCGCAGAUGCCAAAGCGUUAAGCGAGAAUGCUCAGAGUUUGGUCAAUGUCCUUAAUACAGCUGCCACGGCAUUUAAAGCCACUUCGACUGACGGAGCAUCUGAGUGGAGUCUCUGCACGCAAAUCGCCAAGAUGGUGGCCGACGGGGCCCGAUCAGAAUCUGUUCGCAGUCCUCUAGGUGAAGCAGGCAUCAUUGGCUCUUUAGCCACAUUAAUCCAACUAGGUUCCGGUGUCCAGGUCCCCUUUCAAAUCCAGGCACUGCGCGUAUUCGGAAAUCUCUGCUUUGAUCAUGAGGAGAAUCGGAAGCGGGUGCAUGAAGCAGGCAUCGUUCCGCUGGUCAUGCCCUUUUUGGCGGAGGGACAGCCUUCGGAUCUUAUUCAGACAGCCUGUGGUUUCUGUCUGAACUGUAGCAUGGAUUAUGAACCUAUAGAGAAAGACCUGGCGAAUUAUGGAGGAGUACAGCAUCUGAGCGCCUUGCUCGAUCCAGCUCGCAUGGAACAGAAUCAAGAGGCCAUUGUAUCCAUGGCAGCCAAAGUGUUGAAUAAUUUAACAGCUGAAGAUGUGGCACGUAAAAUAUUUUCAAACAAGGACUCGGUGAUUCGGGUAUUGGACUUGAUCAAGUAUGCUUGGCAAGUGGACCACUUUGACGAUUUGGACUUCCUGGAGAAUUUGGCCGAUCUCCUUCUUCAAGCCGUGUUGGAUGACGAUGCCGUCCAAUGCGCGGUGAUUGAUGCGGGCUAUCUUUCGUUCUUGUUGGAAUUCUUACAACAAGCGGCACUUGAUCCCGAAGAAGAUACGGAAGAAAAUAAGAAGCAAUUUGAAGAAAUUCAGAAAACGAUCAGUAAAGCCACCAUUUACAUCACUUCUCCUGAUGCCAAACUGGAAGAAUUCUAUAAUGAUAAAGAUCUAUUGUCACGGUUCAUCGACAUGGCUAAGAGUGACUCUGAGGUUGUGCAUCAGUGUGCUGUUUACAUACUCGGCAAUCUUGCUCGUACAGAUGCCCAUUGUAUCGAUUUGGUAGAAAAUCACCAUUUAGAAAAGUUAUUACUAUCUCUUUUCCAAAGUACUGAAAAUGCGACAUUUCAGUAUGCCAUCUUGGGAUGCUUGAAGCACCUGUGCUUACCAAAACAUAACAAGGCGGCUAUGGGAGAAGCAGGCACCAUCGAUGUAGUUGCACCGAUGCUCGAUGCUUCCAAGGAUAUGCUCAAACGAAACCAAUUCUUGACAAUUGGUAUCUUGAAGAUGCUGUGUGCCGGCAACUAUAAAAAUGCCGAGUCCAUCAUAUCAUCGCCUGUCGAAACGGAAAACGAGGAUACACCGCUGGCACUUGUACUGGGGUUCAUCAAGCGAGUCGAUGACGUGGGCGCGAAAAGUGAAGCGACGCGUAUCCUUGCAAAUCUGGUCAAAACCGUUUGGUGUCAAGGAUCCAUGGACCUUCGUCCAAAGUUGGUGGAACCAUCAUGCAUCGACGCCAUCAUGGAGCUUGUACGCACAUCCAAAUUUGUAGUUUUGAAAAAUGACGGCAUCAUGGCUUUAACCUUGAUAUUUGCGGAUCAUGGCGUUGGUGACGAUUCUUGGCUCUCUGAGGCACUUUCACGGGUCGUCAUGCCACCUCCGGAACCAGUGAUCAAUGCAGAACAAGACGAAGAAGAAGAAGAGGGACAAAAACCCCAGGAACCGCCAGAGACUCGAUCGUUCCUGGAGGUGCUUACCAUCGAUGCCACUACCUACACCAAGAAUAUACCAAACGAGGUUCGCUGUAAUGCUUGCACCCUCUUACAAAAGAUUGUAGAAGCCGCUUUGAAAGUGAAUGAUAAAGACGUGUUGGAGAAAUUAAAGGGAGAGAUGAGACCCCGAUUAGCAUCGAUUGAUAAGAACGAAAGUGCCAUGGUAGGCGAUGCUCUUGAUCGUUUAAAGCGAUUACUUGAAAAGGAACAAUAAAAAAUUCGCUUUAAAAAUAAGAAAUUGGGCAAGUGGUUGGUCGAUCCC